GCCGCGAAAUGAACAGCGGUAAAAAAGACUGCACCGCAGACGACAAAGGGUGUCUGUGUUUCUCAGGAGUGUUUUUCUGGCUACUAGGCAAAUCGAAGCGAUCGUCUGCCGUCAAUGGCAAAUCGGCUAUCCAGUCGGGUAAAGCGAUUACGGGGCCAACUGGCAGUGACGGUCAGCAGGAUACGGUCAGCUCGAGCCUCUUUCAAUCGAACGCCAACUCCGUCAAUCAACUCGACCCGGAACACGAUGCUGGUGAUCUUUGACAUCCGGCCGACGGCCCGUGGAGAUCGUUCCGAUUCAUCGUCAUCCUGCCGGUGCUCAUUUGCUUUAUUUGCACCAUCCUUAGCAUUUUGAUCAUCUUCCAGAUCUACACAUAAUAUCUACUGCAGCGAUAGCCACCAUAGCUGGAUGGCUAUUGAUGCGCCCUCAGAAUCCAACUUACAAUGCUGCAACUAGCGGUUAGGCAUUGGUCCCUCACCUUUCAUCACCUAUCCACGCUCCACCAUCGACGGGCCGUCGGCGAAUAACAACUUGGGGAAUCGCACGGUAUCAUUCUCAGUUCUCUACUUAUAGCACACGUCUCUUAUAGACGUUUGGCGGAAAAAUUUGAAACAUGUAAUUUGAUUUGAAAGGAACAUACCUUGGCGUUAACAGGUUAUCGCAUAGUAACUCUAGAAAAAAAAAAAAACACUCGCAAAUCCUGAGAAAGUAUAUUAUUUUCUUCCCAAAAAUCAUUGAAGGGCAUGCCUUCGAGGCUCGGUCAGUUAGAUUUGGAUGCAUUUCAAUGCAGUUGUAGGAACCGCUAUCAGUCAUGAUCGGUUGGCUCCUGAAGCAAAAGAAGAGGUAGAGCAUUCUAGUAAUCCAAAGGCAUUCGAUGAUAUGAGUGGAACCUUCGCGUGCUCUUAUACUAUAGCUUAUUCUGCUUCGUCUUUUUAGCUUUAAGUUAGUUAACAAAAGAAACCAAUAUAGGCGAUGUGGUGGUCUCGAGAGAGUAACGUCACGGAAAUGUAGCUAAUAAAAGCGUCCAGCGCGUAAUAUAUUCUUUUACAUAUA